GCAGGCAUGUUGCCAAACUGUUUCUCGUGCAUACAAACUGUAUGAUAUACCGGGGAGAUGUAACUCUGUGCUAAAACCAUAUUGCUGAAAUAGCUAUAAUAAUCUCCAUCUUUGCAUUCAUAUAAGAGAUUGAGGUGAUUCUGAAAUAAUGAGGAACGUGUUUGUAAUCCAAUCUCUAUUACGAAGAAGCCUUUGCAAUGCAGCGAGCAUCGGUAGGACUGUUGUCAACACCGUCCCAUCAGGAUCGCAAUUCCACACCUCGGUGGCAAGUUACAGCAGCUUUCCGGGGUUGGUGAACACAGGAUGGCUAGCAGAAUCACUUGCAAGACAGGAGACACCAGAUGGAAGGCCUCUCCGAGUCGUGGACGCCACAAGGAUAGCAAUGCAAAUAGACAGGUUGCACAUACCAGGAAGUGUCCAUGUUGAUCUUGCUCAACUCUGCGACAAAGAGUCCCCUUUUCAUUACACCAUCCCAUCUCCAGAGUACUUUGCCGAUUUCGUCGGGAAGACGCUCGGCGUCGACAACGACACGCACGUCGUCCUCUACGAUGGCCGGGUCAGGAUCAUGACAUCACCUAGGAUUUGGUGGAUGUUCCGCCUCUUUGACCAUGAAGCCGUGUCGGUGCUUGACGGUGGUCUUCAGCAGUGGAUGGAAGAAAAGCGAGAGGUCACAGAAGAUCCAACGCCGGCGCCCUCACCGGUGACUUAUAAGGUACCCAAGGUACGUGAAGAUCUACUAAAGACUUUCGAAGAAGUCCUCCAGAAUGUGAAAGAACCACAGUUUCAGAUUAUGGAUAGUCGUCCUGUUGACUGGUAUGACGGAACGCUACCUUCUGCUUAUCCAGGUAUGAAACUGGGCAUAAUGAAGAUGGCCGCCAACAUCCCUUACCCAAACUUCUACGUCGACGGCACCAGCAAGUUCAAAUCAGCUGACGACCUCAAGGCGCUCUUCCGGUCAAAGGGCAUCGACCUUUCCCGCCCUUUGACCUCUCAGUGCGCCGUUGGGAUCACGGCCUGCACCCUGAUCCUCGGCGCUUACGUUGCGGGAAAAGAAGAUGUGGCCCUCUACGAUGGGUCGUUUGAAGAGUACUCCCAGAAAGGGCCUGUAGAGUCGAUGAAUCUGUAUGAGGAGAAACCAAAGAGUAACCCAUAUGGAUAGAAUUGACGACUUACAACAUGUACCAUUGGUAUUUCGAUGGGUGGACGACGGGUGAUUAGCUGAAUUAAUUCUAGUCAGGGUGUUAUGACGAAUAAUGCCAUUUUGCAGAAGCACAAAGAAGACAGAGAGACAUUGGGGUUAAUAUGUUAUGAAAUCGGAAAGCUAUUUUAUUUCAAUUUGCCACGCAGUCUACGCAAAUAAUGGUACUUUUCUCGACUCGCAAAGUAAAACUCGUCGAAAUGUAAUCAUAUCUCAAAUCAUUAUGAUGAAAUUCCUAUCAUAAACAUGAUCAAUGACUGUAGAUUCCAUUUACCAAAGAGUUGCUACUUGGACUGUUUUAAUAAUCUCACGAUUCUUGUGGAAACAGGCUUGUGACUUUUUGAAGGUCAUGAAGAUUUGUCCAAAUCCUCCCCCCCCAAAUCACAGCACAAUGAGCGAUAUUUUUUAAAAAUCAGAAUCUGCAAAUUUGACCAGUUUGAUAAAAUGUGUUUUGACUGUACAUUACAAUGCAAGCUGAUAUGACCUAUUGAUGCUGUUUCGUUUUCCGCCUUUAUGAAAAUUUUGAUAUGAAAUGAACUUGUAUAAUACAAUAAUUUCAACUGUAUAUUUGUCUCAUUUAAA